AUGGCCAGCAAACCUAAACUCAUUUUUACUGGAUUAUUGAUUUUUAUUUCGGUGCAAUGGAUUGAGUGUAUUUCAGAGGAAGAGCUCCAUGCCAGCUACUGGAACAAUAAAGGGAGACAGGCUCUCUUCACUGCCCUGAAUAUUCAGCCUAAUCUUCACCAAGCUAAGAACCUCAUCCUCUUCCUGGGGGACGGUAUGGGGGUACCGACAGUGACUGCGGCCCGGAUCCUCAAAGGCCAAGAGGCAGGACAUUCAGGGGAGGAGACCAGUCUGGUUAUGGAUACCUUCCCUCACCUGGCGCUGUCUAAGACGUACAAUGUGGACCAGCAGAUGCCGGACAGUGCUGGCACAGCCACGGCUUACUUAUGUGGUGUCAAGGCCAACUACGGCACCGUUGGUGUCAGUGCUGCCUGCCCGAGGUACAAUUGUAGUGCUUCUUACGGAAACGAGGUCAGAUCAAUUCUGUACCGUGCUAAGAAAGCAGGAAAGUCUGUGGGAAUUGUCACAACAACCAGAGUGCAGCAUGCGUCUCCUAGUGCAAACUAUGCUCACUCUGCCAACCGACACUGGUAUUCUGACUCUGACCUCACCCCUGAGGCGAUCCAAAAUGGCUGCCGCGACAUUGCCUACCAGCUAGUUCAUAACUUAGAGAUAGAUGUCAUUCUUGGUGGAGGUCGUCAAUAUAUGUUUUCAAGAACAACACAAGACCCAGAGUAUCCGACUUCCAGAGGAGAUCGAGAUGAUGGAAGAGAUCUUGUCAUGGAGUGGGCAAAGAACAAAAAGAAUGCUAAAUAUGUUUGGAACAAAGCUGAGUUUGAUGCUGUAAAUCCUGACACUACAGACUUCCUGAUGGGCCUCUUUGAGCCCAAAGACUGCCGCUACGAAGUGGAGCGUGAUGCGUCCAUGGACCCCUCCCUUUCUGAAAUGAUGGAGAAAGCAAUUAAAAUACUCCGUAGGAACCCGAAAGGAUAUUACCUCUUUGUGGAAGAUAAUGGGAGAAUUGACCAUGGGCACCACGGAGGGAAGGCUUAUAAAGCCCUCUAUGAGGCUGUUGAGUUUGACCGAGCGAUCGGACGUGCAUCUGAACUGACCAGUGAGCUGGACACCCUGACUGUGGUCACUGCUGACCACUCUCAUGUCUUUGCCUUUGGAGGACAUUCUGUUAGAGGAAACUCUGUUUUUGGGCUGUCCAGCUCACUAGCUGAAGACAAAAAGCACUUCACCACUGCUGUGUACGGAAAUGGACCAGGAUACCGGGCUGGAGAGCGCCCAGAUAUGAAUGAGAGUGUGGCAUCGACUAUGGAUUACCGUCAGCAGGCUCCAGUCCCUCUUGACUCAGAGACCCACGGCAUAGAGGAUGUGGCCAUCUUUGCCAAAGGUCCCAUGUCACACCUUUUCCACGGGGUCCAGGAGCAGAGCUACAUUGCCCACGUCCUGGCUUUUGCUGCCUGUUUGGACCCCUACGAGGAGUGCAAACUGCCCCCGCCCAACCAUGCCGGAUCCAUCCACCCCAGCCUGCUGCUCCUCCUGCUGGGCCUCCUUCUCCUCUCCUUCUGCUCUGUCUGA